UCGGUGUCGUAGCGUGGAGGCGCAGGUAGGCCGGCAAGCUACCUGGUAGAGGCAGUCGCGCGCGCGCCAGCGUCUAGUGUGGAGUUUGGAGGUUUUACUUUUGGCCGCUUCGAGAUUUCCGGAAAGCAACGAGGAGUCAACCCUUCGCCAGAAAAGGCUCAGACAAGUGUGCGAAACGAAAAACAAGUACAAUGAUGAAGGAUACUGACGGACGUCGUUACAAGUGUUGUACUGUUCGUCCACGUUGUUACGGCGUUUGCAAUAGUGUGAGAGUGUGAAAAAGAAAGCGCCAGGAAAAACCGGGGAAAAUCGAAAAGUGUUGAAUUCGCGAAUAUAAAGUGCGAAAUUUCACCGAUUACCAAUAAUUGGCAAAAAAAUAAAUAGUGAGAGUUCGGCAGAGGGUGAAGUGAUGCUGACGCGUGGAUUUUGAAAGCAGCUCCGAAGGCCAGCCCGACGCAAUGCGUCGACGCUGCUGACGCAACGCGCCUGGAUGCGUCUCACUUUAAGCACGUUACCACAGCUUGCCGUCUUAGCGAAGAUUUUGUGCCUCCUAAUGGUGGUGAUGUGCGGGGCGGUGCCGUCAACGGUGCCCUCCGUGAGUCUAUACUCGACUUGCAGCAGAGGCAAUGUUACCGUUAUGAAACAGGUCAGAUCUAUGAAGCAGAACGACCACAAUGCACCCUAUCAACUACUAACAACAAUAACAGAAAAUAUUCUUAUGAAAAUGUUCAUUUACGCGGAAGAGGUCGACAAAUACAUCUGCUUCAAUAAACGAUGGAAAAUUGUCGCAAAAAAGAACAAGGACGAGAUGUGCCAGUUCCACGAGGUGUACAGCGGCAGGUACCUAAGGUACCGCUCGGCAGUUGAUCCGACGCGCUUCCUCGGCUUCAAUAAACUCGGCAAGGCGAUAGCCAAACCACGCGGCAGUACCAAAUGUUAUAACUUCCUGAAAAUCAAUCCGAACGGCGGCGUCGCACAACACAACCGCUUAAUCACGCAGCAGCAGCAGCAGCAGCAGCAGCAGCAUCAUCAUCAGCCAUCACUAGCGAAUAAUAAGCCAUUGCAAUUGCCAGCCGCGGCUCACCGGAAGUCACUGCAACGGAGCAGCAAUUCCUUGGUGCAUCAUCAAGAGAGGACGCGUCAUCGACACGGCUGGAGGAGACGACAGCAUCUCCGACAGCAGCAGCAAUUGCAGCAACAGCAGCAGCAGCAGCAGCAGCAGCAGCACGCGAUGCGUCCUUAUCAGGAAAGCAAGUAUUGAGCCGGCGCUAGGCGGCUCGCCGAUCAAGACUGCCUCAUCCACGAGACGACUAAGAGUGAGCUCGUGAUUUCUUCGCACUUCCUCGCGCUCAUCGUCCUCGUUAUUGUCCGCUGACUCCGAGCAGCUCACACGACUACUCCCCCACACCCCUCCCACUACUUUACUCGCCCCUUUAAAGACGCUCGCGCUCGAUCGAACUUGGUAUUCUCGAAGGUCAUUCAUUUGCAGUCUUUCUCGUUAUGUCACGAAAAAAAUUACUUAAUUGACUAACAAUCAUGACAAUCCGACGAAACAUAAUUUCCUCCUGGAUGUUUUUUGGAGAGAGAGAGAGAGAGUGAGAGAGAGAGAGAGAGAGAGAGAGAGAGAUUGCCAAGCGACAUUGAGCGCCACGCGAACAGACAGUUGUUGAUGGACCAGUCUGCUCGGAUUAUUGCCCACCACUUUAUUACGUUCAUUUUUAUUGGAACUUACACACGCGUACGCUAUCGAACAUACACAUACGUACACACAAAUACACAACUGCUGUUGUAUGAUUACGUUCCAACGAGCGCGCCGUAUUUAUUGUAAGCAUUUAUUUAUGAUAUUUCGUAUUUGAAAAACCGUAAGUGUCGUCGUUUGUUUGCAAAAUAAAAACGUGAAACACGAAUGCUAGAGAGAGUGUGUGCGUGAGCGAGAGAGAAAGAACACACAACAUAACACACUGCUAAAAACAAAUCGUUAACCUCGACAGCAAUAAGAUUUAAACAUGUUCUCAACGAUAGAGAACCCGAAAUAAAAAACAGAAAGAAAGCGAAGAGGAAAAUGGAAAAGAAGAAGAAAAAGGAAAUCUUCUGUGGCGUCCUUAUAGGUCCGUAAAUGCGGUGCGUGCAUCUGCAUCUAGAUGGCGUCCUACCGGCGGUACCUAUAACCGGCUGAAUUAGUGUUCGGUUCUACGUGAAUGAAGUAUAGAUAAGUUAUUUUUACUGUAUUGUGAAAAUCGCUGAUUUAUAUACUUCAUUCCACACAUAACCAAGUGCUAAUCCAACCGCUAUUAGCAUUCUAGGGAUAACAUUAUUAUAUAUACUUUUUUUUCUUUAUUAUUUUCCUUGAAAAUAUAAGAAUACAUUAUUCUCGAGGAGAAUACUAAUGAAAAAGGAAUAACUACGUAUAAUAAGGUAAUCCUUAUAUGAUGUUAAUAGCAGACUGUAUUACUAGGUUAGAUACACACAUAAAUACAUACACAUACACAUUUACACACGAUAUGACGCGGUGAUGGCGCGAGAUUUGAAAGCGCAGAUAAUAGGUACCCAUAUACGAUCCUCUUAAAAAAGCUGCACAAAGACGAGCUUGCGUUUUUCUGCGGCUUUGUUUUGCUCACGGGGUUUCAGGUGUUCGCAAUCCCCUCGGAUAAUUAUCAUUGACCAGUACCUCACUCGAUGAAAUUACUUUUAAACUAGUACGACAGACUCGAAGCAAAAAAAAAAAAAAAAAGAAAGAAAAUAGUGAGAACGAAAGAAGAACAAUAGGCCAGCCAGUGAUAAUCCGUGGAAGCCGUAUAAGGGAGUUUCUGAAUCUCGCAAGAUCACCACCCAAGGAGCGCCUACCCCUCUGACUAGAGGAAAAAGUAAAAUGCGGAUGACGAGAAAUCAAUGAAAGAUGUAGCUUAUUUAUUAAAAAAAAUAUAUUAUAUAUAUAAUGCGAGCAGUCCGACAUCCUUUCUUUUCCUUGUACGUACAAUAUUACAAGAGAAACAAGAAAUAUAUAGAAUUGCGAUGUGAAGAAGAGAAAAAAACAAAAUAUACCUGUGUUCUGCUCUCUGUCCUUUUAAUAAUUUCUUUCUCUCUCCCACCACAGUCAGUAUACGCCAGUCAGUUAUCAUUUGUACAUUGUUGUUAUAUUGUUGCCAUUUAUACUCCGACAUUUAUCACUGACGUAAUUAUAAGGCAUUCAAAGCACGAUUGAGAGUUGAGAUUUUUUUUAAAUUCCAUCAAUGUAUGCUAGAUCUGUUAGUAAUUUCAGACAAAAAAUUGCAUGUCUUGAAGUCUGAUCGUUAAUGGAGUCGUAAAAACUAAUCCAAAUUUUGUACUCUCUGUGUAAGCUUUAGGAAAACAAUCGUAUGAGAUCUUGCUCGUGCUUCGGGUGUGCGCAUAAUCACAACAAAUGAACGUUUCUUUCUUAUUUUUAUAUGAAGUUGAUUUUUAUUUCUUUGCACGAAGCUUCCGAACAUGUAAGCCGGUGGCCUACGCGCACAAAUCAAAUACUACAUCAAAAUAAUAGAAAAGAGAAAAAGAACAAAAACAUAAAACGACCGAUAAUUGUACUGCUAAUGUCAGAAAAUAAUGAAUUUUUAUAAAAAAAUAAAUAAAGCAAACCUUAUAGCUUUGUAAGAUCAAUCCUAGUUGUUUUAUCUUCCAGAAAUCCUUAGUUCAGACGUAUUCUUUUUAGCAAAUUUUAGAGUAUAUAUCCAUUUAACAUUUUUUUGAAUAAAUAAAUAAGCGAUUAUUAUUCUCAAAUACAUCUCUAAACUUUUGGAAAUAAAAUGUUUCUAACGCAACUACACGUUCCUAUAAAUUAGUUUUUAUUCACGAGUUAGUUGUAUUCUUUGAUCUCCAAAAGUUUAAUGCUCAUCAUAACCUUUCAUCUUGAAAGAAUUAUGUAUUUGAUAAUACUCAAAUUGAUGACGAUUUUAAUUUAACUUUCAACGCUCAUUUCCGACGGAAACGAUGCGCGCCAUACACCGGAAAGUGAAUUCUUAUAAAUAAAAUUGAAUUCUUAUAAAUAAUAAAACAUAGAACAACUCAUGUUUCCAUCGAUGCAUGCUUAAAAGUUGCAAUAUUCUUAUAACUGAUAUACACGCGCAUCCUAAGUUUUGAAAAAAAAAAUGAAAACUCGAAAUUUUGCUGAGAUAUUGUAUUUUUUGAAGCAGAAAAAAAAUAAAAGUAUAUUUUAACAUGUAGGAUCAAAAGAAACAUGAAUAAUACGAAUAUCGAACUCAAAGAUAACGCUAAACAACAAAACAAAGAAAAGAAAACACGAGGAAAGAAGGGUUGAACUGUACGGAGCGAAUGUGUAAGAACGACGCUUAUAAUUUAUUAACAAAAAAAAGGAAAAAGAUUAACUACUAAUAUAACUUGUAAUGUAAUUAUAUUGUAAUACGGUAUUGUAAACGCCACCUCGUAGAUGAUUAAUCUAUCUCGUUUGUUUUUUUUGUAUGUGUAUUAAGAAUAAUCUCUUGUCAGCGCUCGCAUUUCGACUACAGGAAUUUCCGGCUGCUCGGUGAACACUGAUGUAUUAAGAGUGAAAGAGAAAUGGUGGCGUCUCGAGGUGGAUUAAUAAAAAAGAAUUUAAAGACAAAAAGCGCCAAGUAUGAAGGACCCAUCGGUAAGCUCGGAGGCAAGUCAUCGAAAGUCGAGAGCGCGUCGAGAGUGAGAGAGAGAGAGAGAGAGAGAGAGUAUAAGUGCGAGAGAGAGAGAGAGAGAGGAAGAGUGCGUAUAUGUAAGAACGAAAGAGAGCUAAAAAAGUGUGUAACCAAAAUGAGACUUGUAUUUUUACAAAUAUUCAAAGGAAUAAAGAAAUGUGUACAAAUUAAAGAAACUUUAACAAGCAAAACAUGAGAUGAUCAACUCGUUUCGUAUACCUUGAUAAUCUCUUCUUUUAUGAACAUUGGAAUUUAUAUUUAAUGCAAGCAAUUGAAAAGCGGAGAGGAUGAUUUGGAUAGAACUUGGCAUUUUGCGACACAUUUUUCACGAUACAUUUUUUGGAGAGGAUUAAAAUUGACAAAAAAUAAUAAUAAUAAUCAAGGAGAUUGGAAUUACGAGUGGAUAUAAAUUGACAUGCAAUGAAUCCGACUACUUUAGAUAGAUAGUAAUAACUUAAAUAACGAAGAAAAAACUGAAAUAAUAAGAAACAAAAAGGUAAAAUAUAAAUAUUAUAUAUAAAUAAGUAUAUAUGAACAGAUGAUGUGUAUUGUAAGAUAUUUAAUACUGACUUGUUAGAGAGACUUGAUAACGAUGAUAAUAACGAUUAUGAGGAUGCUGAGUGAGGAAAGUUGAUAAAAAUAUUGGACGAUGGUGUGCGAGAGACGACGUCACGAUUAUUGUAACGUGGACAGAUGACAAACGAAAAAAAUAAUAAGGCACAAGAGGAGAUGAUAAGGCGACGUGGUGAGAGAAAGAGCAUUUGUAAGGAGAUACACCUACAUUAUUCGCGCUGUAAUAUAGAGGCAUACAUACUCCAUUACCCACUGAAUCGAUGUGUCGAUGUACCCGGGCGUGCUCUGAUCGUGUUUACAAAAAUUUAAAGGGGUGAACUCAAUUCGGUUCAGAUGCUUUGAUCACACACACCAAACUUUUUAUCUGCAGUUCAACUAAAGAAUAUAAACUACAUUUUUUCACACUCGUCGUAGUUCGCGAAGUAAUAUUUAGCAAGGGAAAAUGCCGGAACGAGUGUGAGAAAAUCUAUUAUGGCCGAGUUUUUUCAAAUUUUUUCAGCCAACAAGUUAUUUAUUUUAAUAAGCGUGUCUGCUAAUUUAUCGAUGAAAAAAUGUUUGUAUAAAUUGAUCUUUUUUAUUAAGGAAUUCGUGUUUAAGAAUAUAAGCUUUAGAGAUUAGUUUGCUAAAAAUCUAUGAAAAAAUUAAGAAGAAUAAGAACAAUCCGCACGCAGCACGUAUACAAUUGAACGAGGUGCACGUGCUGUUAAACACGACUGAAUCGUAUUUGUUAAAUUUAAGUUGUAUAUUUAAUUAAGGCUCUUUGAUAAAAAUCUUAGCAGUGGUGAACGAGAAAGAGACUUAAAAGAUUUGAGAAAACCAUAAAAAUCGUGAUCGAGGCCAAUUUGAAAAACGUUGAUUAUUUUGCAAAAAAGUGUGUUUUCGACGCGAGGUGGAAGAAAAAUGUAAAAAAAAAUAGCAUGAAGAAACGAACACGGCUCGCCCGGUCGCAGCUAGCAAUAAUAGCAUUCCAACGCAAAUCGCAAAGUACAUACCUGCGAGUUCUUUAAACUACUGUGUGCCGCCGUACCGACGGAGAGAAAAAAAAACACUGUCAAAUACACGCUCAUACACUGCUAAAAAAAACGACUCUGUGUGUUCUUUAUUGCCUCUACGCAUUACAAUAACCCAAAUACAUGCCAAACC